UCCGUGGUAAUGGCUGCCUGGGGAAGAUUAGCUGUGGCCUUCAGAAGAAAUUUCAACCGUUUCUUCUGCAUUAAAACCUAUUCUCGACACACACCAUUGCGUGCCGGUGUUUUUGGUUCUCUAAUUUUUGGCGGCGGCUUGAUGCAUCAUCACUAUGGGCCGUGGCUGACCCAUAAUCCAUACACCAUUUACGCUGCCGAAGAAGAAACGAUUGGGAAGGACCGUGUCUCUUCUGCAUCAUCUGCUCGACAACAGCGCUUCAGCCAGUUUGCAUCGAUGGUGUAUGAAAUGGAACCAUACAUGACACCAAGAGAUUUUCUUUUCUCUGUUAUGCUUGAAGAUGUUGACCGAAAGCUACAACAGAAAGUUCUAACCAAACAGGAAGUGAAUGAAAUGCUGGACAUUGCUUCAAAUGCUCAGGCUGGCAAGAGCCUUUUCAGGAGCCUUGGAGAUGAUGGUUUGAUUUCCUAUACAGAAUAUCUGUUCUUGCUGACGAUUCUCACAAAACCACACACAGGAUUUCAUAUUGCUUUCAAAAUGCUUGAUGUUGAUGGCAAUGAGCAUGUGGAGAAAAGGGAGUUUUUGAAGCUGAAAAACAUCAUUGGGCAGAGGAAGGAGAAAGCUGUAAAGGACAGCCUUAGUAAGCCUAGUAGUGAGGAUGGGGGAGAAGUGAAUACAACAUUGCAAGCAUUCUUCUUUGGAAAGAUGGGAAAGCACAAACUUCAGUACAAGGAAUUUUGCAGAUUCUUGGAGGACCUUCAAGCUGAAGUGCAGGAGAUGGAAUUCCUGCAGUUUUCAAAGGGUAUGGACACCAUGAGGAGAGAGGACUUUGCAGAGUGGCUCUUGCACUACACAAAUGUAGAGGACAAUGAAACCUACUGGGAGAACAUGAGGGAGAGAAUUCCAGCAGGCCAGAGUAUCACCUUUGAUGAGUUCAAAUCCUUCUGUCUCUUCACAAACAAUCUGGAGGACUUUGCCUUUAGUGUGAAAAUGAUCAGUGAAGCCAACCGUCCAAUUGGGAUGGCAGAAUUUAAAAGAGCUGUAAAAAUUGCAACAGGCCAUGAGCUUUCUGAGAACGUACUGGAUACUGUGUUCAAGAUAUUUGAUCUAGAUGGUGAUAACUGCCUCAGUCACAGAGAGUUUAUUGAAGUGAUGAAUGACAGAAUUCUUCGUGGAUUAAAGGUGCAGCAUCAUCAUGGUAUCCCUGGGUUCUGGAGGUGUGUGAAGAGAGAGACCCUUAAGGGUGCUCAGGAGGCCCUGAAAAGGACAGGAAGUCCCUUCUAAUGGCUAUCUAUAAGACUUGUGGUUUGCUGUGUUUCUAAGAACAUCAUUUUUACCCUUCACAGUUUGUACAAGGCUCACAUAUGAAUUUUCCAGGUUUUUGUAUCUCUGUUAUAUAUGACAACUAAAAUUGUGUUUGACACACUUCAUUAUUGCUAUCUGUAGAAAUCAUAUCACUUUUCAUCAUCAACAGAGCCUUACCUCCCAUAGGGAAACACAAAAGCAAGGCAAGUUCUCAGGUUUGAAAUCCAGUAUGGCACCAAAAUUGUUCAAUUUUAAGUGUAAAUCUUAAAAGGUCUGCCAAAGUCCAGGAAACUCAGGCAUAUAAUUUGAGAUUCAUUUAAUCUGUCAGUGUUAUCAGCACAUUCUGUAGAUUCCCCAAUGUUGUCCAAGAGAGUUUGUAACCAUGACCUACAUGUACAAAAAUCCUCUGAUAUUCAAAUUCAAAUAUGUCUCCCUAGAGCAAUCUAAAGGGCAUAUGCAGACAUUUUUGACCUCUUCCCUGUAGAAGCUCUCAGCAAAGUAACUGCUUAGCAUAUCUAUAAUUUAUUAAGCAAAACCCUUCUAUAUCUCUAUAAUUUUCCUUUACGGGGUAAGGGGUCAUUUAUCCAUUUUGAGGACUGCUUUCUCAGAUAAUUUUUCAUUUAUUUUCAUAUGAAUUUAAACUACAAUAUUCUCUUUUUAACCUUUUCCCAAUUUUCUGUACCCAGUCUGUUAUUUAACUCCUCUCAUUUUAAGAUUGGCAUAUCAAAGUAUGAAAAUUGUAGACUUCAGUAUCAGCUUCAUGGUUACAGAAGAGAGAACUAUUUGUAACUAUUAUGAACUGUAAUCUAGUGCAGACUUGGAGAGGAAUGUAGAUAUAGAGACAUACGGUGCCACAAACCUUUCUUACUGUCAUUCCUUACUGUUCAGCCACUACUGUUAAGGCUAUGAUGUGAUGGGUUGGUUUGAAUGCUCCUUCAUGACUGCACACAUUCUCUACUUCUACCCUAGUAACUAUGCUGCUAUAGUUUAUAACUGGCAGGGAUUCUUGUCUAUGUUCCAGGUUUCUUUCCUUUUGUGAGGGAGUUUUUCCUUGCCAUUGUUGCCAUAGGCUUACUCUUGAGAGUUUAGACUCUGUAAUCUCUGUAAAGCUGCUUUGUGACAAAUUGUCUUAUAAAAGCAUUAUACAAAUAAAUAC